AUGCCGCUCUCUAAAGAAGAAUACCUGAGCAACUCCUGGAAGGAUGGAAUCUUCGCAAACAAGGUGGUGUUCUGCACCGGUGGCGCCGGCACCAUCUGUAGCGCCCAGGUUCGGGCGUUAGUCCAUCUCGGUGCCAACGCCUGCAUCAUCGGUCGCAAUGUAGAAAAGACCGAGCGUGUCGCGAAGGAUAUUGCGACUUCCCGGCCCGGUGCCAAGGUUAUCGGCAUUGGCUCUGUGGACGUGCGCAAGCUCGACGACUUGCAAAAAGCAGUCGAGCGCUGUGUUCAGGAUCUUGGAGCUAUUGAUUUUGUCAUCGCUGGAGCGGCGGGCAACUUCCUCGCCUCCAUCGAGCAACUAUCAGCCAACGCUUUCAAGUCCGUCAUGGAUAUUGAUGUCUUGGGAUCUUACAACACUCUUAAGGCUACAUUGCCCUACCUGAAGGAGUCAGGAAACAAGCACAGAAUGGACUCCAAGUCUCUCAAGCCCUCACCAAUUGGCACCGGUGGAAGAAUCAUUUUCGUCAGCGCUACCAUCCACUACCGGGGCAUGCCUUUCCAGACCCACGUGUCAGUCGCCAAGGCCGGCAUUGACGCCCUGUCCCACAGCAUCGCUAUCGAGUAUGGUCCUCGUGGCAUGACCUCUAACAUUAUCGCACCCGGACCUAUUGCACAAACAGAGGGUCUGGAACGUCUCCUCCCAUCAGAUGCCAUGGAAGCCUACACCAAGGCUCAGCCACUCGGUCGCUUCGGUCAUGUCCGCGACAUCGCCGACGCUACUGUCUAUCUCUUCUCGGACACUGGAAGCUACGUUACUGGACAGACACUCGUUGUCGAUGGUGCAAACUGGCGCAUGUCAGCAGGUGGUGCUUCUGGUGGUAAGCUGUCUUACCCCGACUUCUUGCUUUCCGGUGAUGAGGUGCCCAAUGUUACGGGUAAGAAGGGGUCUAAGCUUUGA